AUGACAGAGGCUUCAACUCGCCCGAAUAGCACAAUAUACGUAGGCGGACUCGACACGAGUCUCGUCACGGCUGCAACUCUCUCAGAGGCGUUCAUUCCAUUUGGCGAAAUAGUAGAUAUAACACUCCCGAAGCCUGAGGCACCCUCCUCAACCGACCUUCACCGUGGCUUUGGAUACGUCGAGUUUGAAGAUGCAGCAGACGCAAAAGAGGCCAUCGACAAUAUGGACCAAAGCGAGCUUUAUGGCCGGGUUAUAAAGGUUGCACUAGCGAAGCCGGAUAGAAAGGAAACUGGAGAAGUUGGUCUUGGAAGCACAACUGCAAUAUGGGAACAAGAGGGCUACUUGGCCAAAUAUGCAACAGAGGACAAGGCGGCAGUUGAGCAAUCAAAAAUUGAGAAGCCAGAAGACCCCAUGGAAGGUUUAGAGGACCUGGAUGUUGCUGGGCCGAAAUUUGAGUGA